GUUAUAAUCCUCUGCAUUUUCCUUCUCUAGCUGUGUUGUUGGAGAUUGCUCCAAAAGCAAUAUGUCAAGCAGGAGAGUUUCAUUGUUUGCUUGCUUGCUUAUUUUUUCUUUCUUUUACAUUUGGUUGUUCGAUGCUGUGGGUGCUGCUUCUCAUACUAUUUCACAAGGACAGAAUAUUUCACAAGGACAGAUGAUAACACCUUCAGAGACCAUAACAUCAGAAGGUAACAUGUUUGAAUUGGGAUUCUUUAAUCCUGGGGGUUCCACAAAUUGCUAUGUGGGAAUAUGGUACAAGCACGUCUCUGAGCAAACCAUAGUGUGGGUUGCCAACAGAGAUCUUCCCCUAACUGGUUCUUCUCUGUUUCUUACAAUCAGUAAGGAGGGAUUCCUGGUGAUUAUUGAUGACAGGAUUACCUACCGGAUAAGUGACAAUUCAUUGGGCCAGAACGUAAGCGCCACUCUCUUGGAUUCAGGGAACCUGGUUCUGAGAAAUGACAACUUCGAUAUACUUUGGGAGAGCUUUGACAACCCUUCUCACACUUUUCUACCAGGAAUGAAAGUUGGUUAUAGUAGAAAGACGGGGAAAGUUUGGUCAUUAAAAUCUUGGAAAGAUGCACAAGACCCAAGCCUUGGGAGUUUUGAGAUCAAAAUGGAUCCUAAACAACCAAAUGAGGUGUUCCUCGUGCGUGGCUCUGAAAUCUUGUGGCGAAGUGGGGUUUGGAAUGGUAAAAGUGCUUUUGUCUCAAUCCCUGAAAUGAGAUUGAAUUAUAUCUUCAAUUAUAGCUUGAUAGAAGAUGAAAAUGAGACAUAUUUUACUUACUCUCUAUAUGAUAGCAGUGUCUUAAGUAGAGCAAUUUUAGAUGUCUCUGGACAGGUCAAACAAAUAUCAUGGCUAGAGAGCACUGUUUCUUGGAAUUUGUUCUGGGCACAACCAAGAGAUAUAGGUCAGAGAUGUGAUAUCUUCUGUGGUAAAUUCAGUUUCUGCAGCAGUUACAAACUGACCUGCCAAUGCCUGCAUGGUUUUGUCCCCUCAAAGCAACAGUUACAGCAAGAUCUGUCUGGUGGUGGAUGUGUCAGAAGAACGACACUGGACUGUGAGAAUAGCAUACCUGUGAAUAAAUCUCAAGACAGGUUCCUUAGGAUGGAUGAUAUGACAUAUCCAGCUGUAGCUAGUAGGGUUGUAAAGAUUCAGGAUGCAAAAGACUGCAGAUUACUUUGCUUGGAUAACUGCAAUUGCAGUGCAUAUGCAUACAAUGGCAGUUGUUUAAUAUGGAAUGGGGACAUUUUGAAUCUCAGACAACGUCCAAAAAAGGAUCCUGAUGGAAGAACAAUAUACCUUAAACUUGCUGCUUCUGAAUUUCAAAGUCCAGAAGGAAGCAAGACAUUUUUAUGGGUAAUUGUAACAGUUGUUGCCAUCACAGUGCUAUUGCUUUCAGCUUCCUGUGUUAUGUAUCACUGGAGGAAAAGACUCAGAAUGCGAGAAACAAGGGGUUUGAUUACAAGUGAGGAUAUAUUACUAUUUGAUGUUGACACGGGCAUCACCAAUGGUAAUGGUGAAAUUUUUGGUAGUGAAAAUUCAAAUUGGGGAACUGGUAGGAGGAAAGAUGCUUGGUUGCCAUUGUUCAGUUUCGCUAGUGUAUCACUAGCUACGGAUAACUUCUCCAUAGAAAAUAAGCUAGGAGAAGGGGGUUUUGGACCUGUCUACAAGGGAAAGCUAUUAAAUGGACAACAAAUAGCAGUAAAGAGACUAUCCAGAAGGUCAAGACAAGGACUGGAGGAGUUGAGAAAUGAGACAAUGCUCAUAGCUAAACUCCAGCACAGAAACCUUGUCAGACUCUUGGGUUGCUGCUUAGAGCAAGGCGAGAAGAUAUUGAUCUACGAGUACAUGCCUAACAAAAGUUUGGAUCUAUUUCUUUUUGGUGCAACCACUGAAAAUUCACUAGGUUGGGCAACACGAGUACGUAUCAUUGAAGGAAUUGCUCAAGGACUUCUGUAUCUUCAUCAAUAUUCUAGAAUGCGAAUUAUUCACAGAGAUUUGAAGGCUAGCAAUGUCCUAUUAGAUGGCAACAUGAAUCCUAAAAUAUCUGAUUUUGGUUUGGCAAGAAUGUUCGGUGGAGACGAGUCACAAGCAAAUACUAAUCAUAUUGUUGGAACCUAUGGCUAUAUGCCGCCUGAAUAUGCCCUGGGAGGCCUUUUCUCCAUAAAAUCUGAUGUGUUCAGCUUCGGAGUACUACUAUUGGAGAUAAUAAGUGGCAGAAAGAACACUGGCUUUUAUAACAGCAACUCCCUUCACCUUCUUGGACAUGCAUGGGAUCUUUGGACAAGUGGUAAGUCUCUGGAACUGAUGGAUCCGUCUCUACGAGAUGUUUCUUCUGCCAAUCAACUGUUGAGAUACAUCAACAUUGCUCUCCUUUGCGUUCAAGAAUCUGCAACUGAGAGGCCAACCAUGUCUGAUGUUGUCUCGAUGCUGAGUAAUGAACUCACCGUUUUACCAUCUCCAAAACAACCGGCUUUCUCAAAUGUGAGAAGCGUAGGAAAUCCAAACGCAUGUCUUAGCAGCAGGGGAGAGAAUUGCUCUGUAAAUGAAGUAACAGCCUCAGUCAUGGAACCUCGAUAAAGCUGGAAAAUUAAAACUUGUAUUGUUAUGGUAACCUUAACUGAAUAGGUCAGUGUAGGUGCAUAUCAAUACACACUCCCUGCCUGA